CACUCCGGAUGUGUUUCUCGGCCGUCGCUUGCUCGUAGCGGCGCGGUACAAAAAAAGAAAAUGUCUCGGUGAAGUGUCGGUGCUUCUUCCACCGAGCUGUCCUUUUUACCGACGACACACCGGAGGAAACGUCCGGCGAUGCGAGCCGCGGCGCCGCCAGCCGAAAGCAGCGCUAACGGGCGGUAGUUGGCUCGUCCCGCGGGCCGUCGCAGCGGCUCCGAGUCCGGCUGGAAGCAGAUGGGAUCCUCGGUGUGUUCGGCUAAAAGGCGGAAGACUGCGCACCAGCACACCGAGCUACCGCCGCUACACGGAGCUAACUGACGGCCGCAGACUCGCACAGAUAUUUAGAGAAACGUUUCGACUGAUGACGUCCGGCUUUAUGGAGCCACGAGAGGACGACCUGAACUGAGACCGCUUUCACACUCGGCUGCACGGAUCGCUCAUCGCACCUCAGGAUGGCGAGCAGGAGGAAGUCCACCAUCCCCUGCAUGGUUCCCCCUCGAGAAACCGUCGACUCGGAUCAGGAGAUGGAGGACGUCACGGACGUGGCCGAUCCGGAGGAUAGUAACGGCGUCGGGGCCGUCUCCUCCUCGGAGGUGUCGGCUCUGCUGGAGGAGCGGGGCGAGGAUGCCGCCGCCGCCGCCGACGUCUAUCUGGACUCGAACAUGGCCGAGGGAGGCUACGAGUGUAAAUACUGCAGCUUCCAGACCACCGAGCUCAACCAGUUCACCAUGCACGUGGACGCCGAGCAUCCCGACGUCGUCAUCAACACCUCCUACGUCUGCAUGGAGUGUGACUACCACACCAAGAGUUAUGAUACGCUGCUCGCCCACAACGCUCGCCUCCACCCGGGCGAGGACAACUUCACGCGGACGAUGGUGAAACGAAACAACGAGACCAUCUUCCAGCAGACGGUCAACGACCUCACCUUCGAUGGCAGCUUCGUCAAAGUGGAGGACGACGAGGCGGAGGAGACGUCCCGCAAAGGCAUCGCCCUCAGCAAGACGCCCAUCAUGAGGAUCAAGAGCAGGCCGGAGCCCAAGAAGUUCACCGCCUCGCACAAAAUGGCCGUCGACGAUGUCAUCAAAGUGGAGAGCGACGACGAUGACGAUGACGACGAGAACAACGAGCCGCCCACGCUGUCUCCGGCCCCGAUGACCGUCCCCGCCCCCCGCCUCAUCCCCGUCUCUGCGCCGGUGCACGUCCAGGCCGUCCCGCAGAGCAUCGUGGUCAACAGCCCCAACGUGCUGCAGAUUAAAAGCAGCCCGGGCGGCGGCGCCGUGCUGCCUCCGGGGACGCUGGCUCAGGUUCUGUCGGCCCUGCAGAACCAGCAGAACAGCAGUCAGACGCAGACUCAGCUCCUCAUCCCCAUCAGCAGCAUCCCCACCUACAACACCGCCAUGGACAACAACGUCCUGCUGGUCAGCGCCUACAACAGGUUCCCAUACCCCUCGGUGUCAGAGAUCAUGGGUUUGUCUUCACAGACAAAGUUCAGCGAGGAGCAGAUUAAAGUCUGGUUUUCUGCUCAGAGGCUGAAACACGGAGUGAGCUGGACGCCGGAGGAGGUGGAGGAGGCGAGGAGGAAGAAGUUCAACGGCACGGUGCAGACCGUCCCUCAGACCAUCACCGUCAUUCCCGCCAACAUCGCCGCGGCCACCAACGGCCUGCAGUCCAUCUUCCAGACCUGUCAGAUCGUCGGCCAGCCAGGCCUUGUCCUCACUCAGGUGUCCGGUAACGGCAGCACCAUGCCGGUCGCCUCCCCCAUCACCCUGACAGUCGCCGGCGUUCCCGGGAACCAGCCCAAAGCUGCCGAACCGUCGACUUCGGAAUCAAAGACUGAGAUGUCAGCCGGCGCGGCACUCGGUUUGGACUCAUCGGCGACCAAACCGAAGAAGUCUAAGGAGCAGCUGGCAGAACUGAAGGCGAGCUACGGCAGGAGGCAGUUCGCCACGGAGGCGGAGAUAUCGCGGCUCAUGCAGGUCACCAAACUCUCCAAACGAGCAAUAAAGAAGUGGUUCAGCGACACACGCUACAACCAGAGGAACUCGAAGGAUCACCACGGCGUGCUGCUCAGCGACGCCCCGUCUGGCAGAGCACCGGCAGGAGGCCGAGGAGGAAGGAACAACAGCGGCAGCCUUAACGACAGCAACAACAGCGGCAAUGCCGCCACCACCGCCACGAUUGUCAUCGACUCCAGCGAUGACGCCAGUGAUUCCUCCCCGACUUCUGCCAACGCCCCGGGGUCGUCAGGUUCCUCCAGUGACCCGCGGGUCAAGUUCCGCCACGCUUUUCCUGACUUCACGCCGCAGAAGUUCAAGGAAAAGACUCCGGAGCAGCUGCUGAUCCUGGAGGCCAGCUUCCAGAAAUCAGACACGCCUUCAGACGAGGAGUUGAGCCGACUGCGGGCGGAGACGAAGCUGACACGGCGCGAGGUGGACGCCUGGUUUACGGAGAGGCGGAAGAUACCUACUGUGGUGCAGUCGAAGGAAGACGACGACGACGACGAGGGGGGCGACGAGAUGGCGAAACCGGGCACCACGCCUUCGUCCUCCACUCAGGAGCGGCAGACCACACCACCUUCUGGCAGGAAGACGAUGAAGAAGACGCCGGAGCAGCUCCACAUCCUGAAGAAGGCCUUCGUCCGCACGCAGUGGCCGACAGCAGAGGAGUACGACCAGAUGGCGGAGGAGAGCGGGCUGCCGAGGACGUACAUCGUCAACUGGUUCGGAGACACACGCUAUGCCUGCAAGAACAGCAACCUGAAGUGGUACUACCUCUACCAGAGCGGGAAGGUGGACGAGGCGCUGAACGGCGAAGCAAAGAGCCAGAAGAAGUCCAGGAAGCGUUUCCGGGGUUGGUCCAGGAGGACACGCCGGCCGUAUCCCUGCAAACGAUCUCCACAGGGGGGCGCCACCGCCAUCAAGGUGAAGUCCGGAAAGGCGUUUCUGAAGGACUACUACCUCAAACACCGAGCCCUGAGCGAGAAAGACCUGGACGACCUGGUGACAAAGUCCAGCAUGAGCUACGAGCAGGUGAGGGACUGGUUCUCCGAGACCGCCAGGAGGGUGGAGGAGGGCAAGGAGCCCUACAGUGACGAGGAGGCCGAAGGGGAGGAAGAGGACGAGGAGGAAGAGGAGGAGGAGGAAGAAGAAGAAGAAGAAGAGGAGGAAGAAGAGGCGGAGGAAGAAGAGGAGGGAACAGCAGAGCACGGAGACAGCGAGGGAGAGAUGGAGGUGAAAGAACAAGGAGAGGAGGCCACUGACGACGACUGCAACGAGGAAGAAGAGGAGGAGAAAGAAGAGGAGGAAGAGGAGGAGGAGGAUGACACGAUCCAGGAGGAAUCUGAAAGUGUCUGCCAAUCCCAGCCUCCAGCAGAGGAGCAGACAUGAGCAGACAACAUUGACAUUGCUUCCCCCACCCCGGAGACAACGCGGAGGAUGACGCGCAUCAGUGUUUCUCAGCUGGCGGGUCAGGAUCCAAAGAUGGCCGCACGAAGCUCGAGACAGUCACAGCGAAGAUGGAUGACGGGUUUGUGCCUUUGGAGAUGAACUUUGAGUCCUGAUGCCGCUGAGAAGCACUGAAACGACGGACAAAGCAUCAGGAUGUAGUUUGUUUCUGUGGGGACCAAGCGGACGUCUCGCCAAACGUCACCAACGAGAGUAAGUUCCAGCGACGAGGCUUUUAUUUUGGCGAGUGACAGGGCUUUCAUUUUGGCCUUUUAACGUAAUUUUUCUUAAAUAUAUAUGUGUAUAUAUAUAUAUUAAAAAAAAUCAAUGUUUUAAGGUAAACUUUGUAUAAAGAAAAUCAUUUUUAAGAGGUGAGACCUCGCAUGGAUUUCUCAUUAAUAUAAAGUUUUUCAGAAUAAAGGACCAUCAGAUCUUUUUCUCCAGGGAGCGUCCCCAAAAAAACAUUUUGAGGUUUUUAAAACCAAACGCAGAUUCGUGCCAUUAUGUUUUCUAAGUUUUUGUUUUUGAAUAAAAAGAACUUUUAAAAAAUCAGUGCUGGAAUAAAUUCCACCUUAACGUUUUUGUAUAUAUAUAUUUUUUUUGUUAGUCUGAGCGACGUGUUAACGUAACAGGGACUGAAUCAUUAUACUAUUAUUACGCUAUUAUGAGUUCUUUUUGAAUAUGAUGAUGAUAAUUUCCAUGUUAGCGAGUGUUUGGGUCCGAUUCAACGUCAUCAACUCAGUUUGUGAAUUUACCUCCAAAAACCAACUUUAAAAGGAGAAAAUCCACCUUUAAAAACGUUCAGAUCAGAUUUACAAUGCUGAAAAAUUCAACGAGAGCUGAAGUGAUUUUCGAUUGUAGAAGAUUCAGUUUAACUCGAGUGCUCGGUGGGAUUGAACCAUGAAGAUGAACUGGACCAUAUUUUGCCGAAAUCAUCUGUGAUGGUUCAUUACAUCGAUCAUGACUCUGUGUUUUGGUUCAGGUUAAACACCACCACCGUUUCCUCCAUGAUAUCUCAUCUGCGUUUGUCCCAUCACAUUUAUCAGGGUAGUACUUCAUGGUGAACGGUGUAACUCCACGCCUUGUACGGCCAUUUUAAAAAACCACUAGGCGCGCCGUGCCGUGGUAAACGAAGGUUCCACUGGGCGUCUCUUAGAGUCUUGGUGAUGGAGGUGCUUCAUCUGAUCCGGAUCCUCUCGACGCCUCCUCCUGUCCAACAGAGAGCGACGUGGAGAAAUAACACGGAUACAAAAAAGUAAAAAUGACCGUUGUUUUGGACUUGGACGGUUCGUCGACGUUUUACGUCAUUGUCAGGGGUUCAAAUAAUACGUCAACACCAAGCGACAACCUCCGUGUCCAUGAUGUCGUCCACUUGACUCUCCAUAAGUCCCCAUGUUCAAAUGUCCAACUUCAGCCUCUAAUAGAGUUUAAGUCGUGGGCACGCCACACUCUCUUUAAACGUAUCAUCUUUGACUGAGGCGUGUUGAAAGGCGUUCUGGGUAACUGAAAUGUUUUUAAAGGUGUUUUUUUCCUUUGAUGUCCAGCUCAACAUGAAAGUUUAAAAAAGUUUUAUAAAAUUUUAGAGUUGAUGGACUUGAUGAACCCAAACACUGUUUGUGUCCAAAAUAUAUAUAAAGAAAAAAAAAACGGCAUGUGUGCUCUUCUUCAGGAAAACAGGCAACUUUACCUCAGUCAGUUAAGCUACAAACUCGGUAAGAUUGUGACAUUUACACUUUGACAGCUUUUCUUUUUUCUAGAGUUCAAUACUGUAUGCAUGAAAAUACGAGUACGCAGAGAGUUCUGUCUUUAAGAUGGCGUUUUGUUUGUUUUUGUUUUGUGUCCUCGCCGCCAAAGUAAGACUGACUUUAAAAAGAAUAAUUAAAGAAGAAGAAGACGUCGUUAUUGGUGCGUUUAUCUGCUCACAUACGGGUGAACUAGUCAACAAACUCUUUCAGGUUUUCCACGACGACAUUUUAGGGACAAGAAACCACAAGCACUUGGCUCGGUCCCCCACGGGAACUUUUUAAACUUUUCAUACGUGGGUUGAAUUAAAAAAGGAAAAAAAAAGCUUUUAUUUUGCUUUUCUCUGCUCUCUCUGUCACUUCCUGUGUUUACUGAACCGUGUAGGAAAAUGUUAGAAUAUGCAACGUCACAGAACAAUCAGCGGGUCGAGCGGCGGUGAAC